CCAGUUGUGGGGGUCGUAGUUGAAGGGACGAGGGAGAGGGGAGUGGUUAUACAGUAGUCCGAAGCCGUGGACGGCUCCUGUAGAACAUAAAACAAAUACCGACACAGUCUACUGAGUAGAGUUCACCCGUUGCAGCCGUGCAUGAAGGGAGCGAAAACACGAUAUGCCUUAGUGUUAUUUAGCAAAGCGUGGCCCCGCCUGGGUCUCUAUUGUGACUUGGGGAAUGCGGACAUUGGUGCAGCCGUUUCUUUGUUGUUCUUUGUGGGGGUUUUCUUUUCAGUGAUGAAAUUUUGAUUGCCUGUGCUCAGCUCAGUUUCAGCGAGUAGAUCAGACCACCCAUGGCUGUCGACAUCCCUCGUUUGUUUCAGGAGCUCGCCCUGGAUGAUGCGACGUCCUUCACAGGGAGAGGGACAGGCCCUUGUGGCAUGAGGGGCAGGUGCCCUCAGGGCACCCAGGGACAUCCUCUCUUCCCUCGGGGAAGCCUAGGGUCAACUAACCACCGGGGAAGUCGAGGAUCAGGUCACCCUCAGGGCACGAGGUCAGUCAACCACCAGGGAACUGUAGGGUCAACUAACCACCGGGAAAGUCGAGGAUCAGGUCACGCUCAGAGCACGAGGUCAGUCAACCACCAGGGAACUGUAGGGUCAACUAACCACCGGGAAAGUAGAGGAUCAGGUCACGUUCAGAGCACGAGGUCAGUCAACCACCAGGGAACUGUAGGGUCAACUAACCACCGGGAAAGUAGAGGAUCAGGUCACGCUCAGAGCACGAGGUCAGUCAACCACCAGGGAACUGUAGGGUCAACUAACCACCGGGAAAGUAGAGGAUCAGGUCACGCUCAGGGCACGAGAGGGUCAGGUAGUCAGGGAACUAGAGGGUCAGGUCACCCUCAGGGAACGAGAGGGUCACAUUACCCUCACAAGACCAUAGGGUCAGGUAACUUCCAUGGCACCAGAGGAUUAUGUAACUCCCAAGAAAUCCAAGGAUCUUAUUCGAAGGACUUGCAUGGAUGUUCCUACCCUCGGGGCACCCAGGGACCGAUUGGCAGUCAGGGAAAAACACGGCGGUGGCCUUCUCAGGGCUCGGAGGUGCAAAGUUGCUUCAAUGUGGCUCCCGAGGGCAGCUACACACACGGCAGCCCUCACAGCAGCAACGUCCAGGGCCAACAGGGACACGGAGGCCACCAGCAGGGCAGCAGAGGCCAUGGCAGCGGAGAGCUGCCCAGAGAACCCCAAAGGAAUGGGGGUUCCAUGAUCCAGCAGAACCAUCAGACCCAGCACGGCGGUAAACGUGGCGACAGGGGUCCCAAGAAGCUGUUGUUUCUGCUACGAGGACCUCCGGGCUCUGGCAAGUCAACACUGGCAAGGGAGCUGCUGUCAGAAGGCCCAAAUGGAGUGGUUUUAAGCACGGACCAAUUCUUCUGUCAUAACGGACGCUACGAAUAUAAUGCGAGUCAACUGGAGGCAGCGCACACCUGGAAUCAUCAACAAGCAGAAAAAGCGAUGAAGUUAGGAAAGUCACCAGUUAUCAUCGACAACACGAAUCUGAAUUUUUGGGAGAUGAAACCCUAUGUUCUUGCGGCUCUUGAACAUACAUACAAAGUUAUUUUCAAGGAACCAAAAACACAGUGGCUCUUGAACGCCAAUCAACUUGCAAGACGAAACACGCAUGGUGUCACUGUGGAGAAAAUUAAGCGCAUGCUCUUACGGUUUGAACGCCCAGCUUCCAUAGAUAAAGUACUCAAUUCAUAAUAGCCCAUACAACAUUUCCAAAUGUGAUUAACAUAAAUCGGUAUAAAUAACUGCUAUGCUGUCAACAUACAAAAACAUAUUUUGGAGGUGAAUUAAGAAAAACCUUGCGCUUGGGUUUUAUGUAAAAGGAGGGAACCCACCAUUUAUUUUAGCAACAAGUUGAAAAUAGUGAUUGUACCGAGGUGAAAUCAACAAUGUCUAAAAAUGUUCUCAAAAUUAUGAAUUUCGUGCAGUUUUAUACAUUUGUCAAGCACUAACAUUUUAAUGAAAGCGCGUUCAUAAUCAGUUACACAGUAUGACUUGUCCUACGAAUUAACAUUUAUUGUGACCUUCAGGUAGCUAUGUUUAUCAAAGACGUAUUUCUCAACAGUAAAAAAAGAAAUUUUGAUUUAAAGCUUUCGUGACUGCAGGGAUUCAUAUUAUUGGUUCUUUCGGUAAAGUCACGUAGAAGGGAAAUAAUAAAAUAAUAAAAAUAUAAAGCAAUCAAGUUUUCACGACGUUUCGACUGCAACACCUGAUGAUGAUUGCUUGUGUUGCAGUCGAAACGUGAGAAUUUUCUUGUUAUUUUAUUAUUUCCCUUCUACGUGACUUUACCGAAAGAACCAGAAAUAGUAAAACAAUAUAUAACUGAUAUUUCCAAUUUUAUACUAAACUGUUUUGUCUUGGAAUAACUAUCGACAUUUGAGUUUAUGCCCAAAAGCAACAAAAACUCUCUGUGGCCUUAUAGUGUUUGAAAAUAUAUUUUACCCACAAAAUCAUAUACAAGUAAAUGCUAUUGUGCUUUUUAAAGUUUAUAACACGAGCUAAAAAUGUCAUACAUUGCAAUUUAAAAAAUGGCAGAAAUUGUAUUAAAUGUGCAAUUGUGUUUUUUUGAAAGCAGGUGUAUUCAGUCUAUCAGAUAAUAGUACUUACAUUUUCUGAAUUCUGUUAAAGCUGUCAACUGUUGGCCAUCAAAUAUACAUAUUUGGUUCUGUAGAUUUUUUUUACAUGUUAUAUUGGUUUUAUCCCAAUCUUUCUACAUGUUUAGGUAUUUUUAAAAAUCAAAACAUGUCAUUUUAAUCACAACAUUGAAUACAUUUUUCUUGUAGAACAGGUAUAUUUUGUAAAUCGUUUAACUUAUAAAAGAGAAAAAAAAAAUCAAAAACUAUACGUGUCUAUGGUGGGUGUGUUUGCGAACAUGUGUGAGCGUACAUCUAUGUAGGACAUAUCCUGAGUCUGAUAAACAUAUGAGGAAGUAGUUGUUGCAAGGGAAAUAUGGGAAGAAGAAAGAA